AUGGAAAAAAAAAAUUCAAGAUAUAAUUUAAAAAGAAAGAAUGAUUAUAUAGACGAUUAUCCAAAUUAUCGACAUAAGAGACAUUCUGAAGAAAAAACAAAAUACAAAAGUUCAAGAACAUCACAUUAUGACGUAAAAAGGGAUUUAGAUACGACUGAUAAAUUACAUGAUGAAAAGGUUAAAUCUUCAUUUCGUGGAAAAAAUGAAAAAUCACCGGAACCUAUUGAAAAGGUGAAACCAAAUUUUGCAACUUCCGGGAAAUUAUGUGAAGAUACUAAUAUGCAUAAUGGUGUUCUUGUUAAAUAUUCUGAACCUAAUGAUGCAGCUAUGCCAACAACAAAAUGGCGUUUAUAUCCAUUCAAGGGAGAUGAAGCUUUACCACAAAUUUAUAUUCAUCGUCAAUCUGCAUACUUAAUUGGAAAAGAUAGAAAAGUAGCAGACUUUCCUGUUGACCAUCCUAGUUGUUCUAAACAACAUGCUGCAUUCCAAUAUCGUACAGUCGUAACGUCAACUGGAAAACGAAAAGUUUUAUUAUACAUUAUAGAUUUGUGUUCUACUAAUGGUACAUUUUUGAAUGGUAACAAAAUUGAACCUUCACGGUAUUAUGAGCUUAAAGAAAAGGAUAUUUUAAAAUUUGGUUUUUCAUCUCGUGAAUAUGUUGUUUUAAGUGAAGAAAUGUGUAAGAAAAGUGUUCCUAAAGAGGAAGAGGAUUCUGAUGAUGAGUAUGAUGUUGAUUUAACAGGAGUUGAAGAAAAAAUAAAAGAAGAAAAUUUUUCAAAUGACUAUGGAUUGUAG